AUAUAAGGCAAGUUGAGAAAUCAGUUAAGCUCGAAUUCUCGAGAUCGUCGCUUUGAAGAAAGCACCACGAAGAAACCGUUGCAACAACCACUUGUGUGUAAAAAUACAUCGCAAAAUGUCCAAGUUCAUGCUGUUCCUUUGCAUCGUUUUGCUGGCUACGACCGUCAUUAUAGCUGCCCCUAGGGCCUGCCGUCAGCACGGAGACCCCUGCACAGGGACCUGGCAGUGUUGCCGGGGAGCGGUGUGUCACAAGUACGCGCACAGAUGUCAAGUAAUGCAGAUCACAAGGGAUCAGCUACUGAAUGGACGCGAGAAGGUAAUGAAUGGAAUGAACAUGGAUUAUUAAGCCGAAUGACCGUUUCGAAAGGACGAGCACAAUACCGUUCAAAAUCUCCCAUCGAAUCGAAUCGGCUAAUACCGGAACAGAACCACGGACAUGUAACCCGUAACCAAUGUAAAUAUGCGACCACGAGCGAACAAAUAAAUAGAACGAGUAGUGCACAGUAGUAUAA